AUGGAAUACGACCUUCCAAAAAAAUGGAGCUUUCUCACCCUAAGAAUGGAGAGCUAGCAUAUCUUCCCAACCAACAUAUGCAUAUGGAAUACGACCUUCCAAAAAAAAUGGAGCUUUCUCACCCUAAGAAUGGAGAGAGUGCCAAUACCCAAAAUGUUCAAAGGGAGGAAAAUUUUGUUCUGCUUGAGAAUUCGCGUUUGAGAGCAGAACCCAAACGUUUACUAUGCUCUCAUUGUGAAUCUAUGUCGUUUAUCUCAGAGGAAAUGAAAACCAAAUCUGAUAUCCUUCAUCGGAAUGCUGACGGCAAAAAAAAGCAUGCAAAUGCAUUGGCCUUUUUGCGACGUGUAUUUGCAUAAGAAGAUUCAAACCGCAAUAAGACCUCAUAAU